AUGGGCAACUCCGCAUCGACACCAGCAACAACAACGCCGUCAUCAUGUUAUAAUUUUCGAAGAGGGAUGGUGCUUAUUCUCAGGUGGUGUCUAUUUUCGGGAGAAUACGAGAAGCUAAAAGAUAAUUUUUCGGCGCCGGUUAAAGAUGCUCUAAGACCAGGUGCUUCUCUGUAUUGGACCUUGGAGCACAUUUACUUGAAGAACUACCGUUUAAUGAUGAAACUUUACGUGUAUCUACGAUCGCUAGUAUUCGCGUUCACGCCUGAUCAGUGGGAACAUCUAGUAAUUAGGGAUGCUGUUCGAGUGUUACGGCCGAAUGGGUAUAUUGAGAUUUCAGAAUUAGAUAUAAACAUUCGUGAUGGAGGUCCUUGCGUUACGCGGCUUUCAGAUGCUUGUGAGUACUAUGAAACUGAUUUUAUUCAAAUAAAAAUAAUAACAAAAUUGACCGUCAAUCAUCUCGAACUGCCAAAUUACCUACACACUGAAACUUGUGUACUGGUGAAAUACAGGCAGACAUAUUACAUCCAUUUUCUACGCGAAGAAUCAAGGGCUGUUGAAACUGAACGCUAA